AUGUCGACGCGACCGGCUGUCUUGUCCCUUUACCGACGCUCACUGAAGCUCUCGCUCGACUGGGCUGUCAAUCGCCAACUAUGGCGCGGCCAGGCCCUCUACAUUCGCUCCCUGUUCGAAAAGAACCGCGACGUCCACGAUCCUAGGCAACUACGGGUUCAAAAUACGAGAGGAACCUGCCUGCUCACGUUCUGGACCCUCCUCCGCCGCUCAAGUUCUGAGAAAUCGGCCUGCAUGUUGCCAACCGUCUAUCAUUACUUUAUACAGAUGGUCACGAAUAGACACGUUCAAGCUGGGUUUCAUCAAAGAAUUCAUGGGUCUAACAUGCCCCGUACAUGA